AUGGAAAACGAAUUACUUAUAAAGGGUAUUGAUGAAUUAGAAAAUGAUACUCAAAAUACAUACCAAGCAAUAAGAAAUCUCAUUCCUAAGUAUAAGAUUGUAGUUGAGAAAUGUAUGUUAUUUGAUAGAGCUGAACAACAAAUGAUUAAAGCGGCAGAAGGACUUGUAGAAUCAAUGGAAACGAUGGGUGAUUGUGGGCAUAAUGACUUAAAUGUUGGAAUGUUAAAUAUUGCAAAUAUGUUUUCGAUGUGGAAGAAUAAUUUGAUAGAAAUAACAGAUCAAUUCAAAAUUAUUUGCGAAAAUUUAGUAAAUGAUUCAACAAAUUUACCUAAGGAACUUGACCGAGCACGAGAUGAGGCUAAAAGUAAUAAAUCCAAAGCAAAUGACGAAUGGAAAAAAAUUAGUAAGAAAAUUGAUACAACAAAGAAAAAUAAAAAAUUACUUUUAAAAAACCCCAACAUCAUUAAUGAAAUGGAACAAACUGAAAAAGAGAAAAAAGAAGUUUUAAAGAUAGUAACUAUUGAAGCUUAUAAAGAUGCUUUAAAUCUUCUUCGUGGAAGUUAUGGAACAAUUUUUGAAAAUUUCAAGAAAGUUUAUGACGUUAAAGUAACUGCUGAUUCUAAAGCAGAACAAAUUUUUAAUGCACAGAUUAAAGAUAUUAAUGAUUUAAUUAAUUAUACAAAGGAUAUACCACAAAAAUGUAAUACAUUAUUCUCAAUGUAUAAUAACAAAUUUAUAGAUGACACUGCAUUUAAAGAAGAAUCAAAAGAAUUACUUAUUGAAAUAGGUUUCAAUAAAUAUGCUGUCCAAAAACAAGAUAUAGCGGAUCGUUUAUUAAAUUCAGUUAAAACUGCUGUCGAAAAUGGAUUAUUUACAACAAACCUUGUAAAAAAGUUAAUGGACUCUAUUCCAGAAGAUGCAAAGAAACCACCAGUAGAAGAAGAACUGAUUGAUAUUUUGGAACCAAUUCAAGAAGACCAACAACAACUAACUCAAUCAACACCAGUUAUAGGCCAAAAGAAGGAAGAACCAAAAAAGAGUUCUGAUAUGAUCAAAUCAACUAUUCCUAACAAUAAUCAUCUUGUUGAAAAGGCUUAA